AUCCCUAUGUUGCUUUUUUCAGGGUGCAUUGUGCAAUAUCAACACAACACACCGUCCGUAUCACAGCCAAUGCACCGCUAGGGAUGUUACAGCAGCAGCCUAUCGCGGGCAAUGGUCCUAACUCAGGCCGGGGCCUUGGUUUGAAUGCUCCUCCCGGUAUGCAUUCGAUGAAUUCGGUUCACGCACCGUCGCAGCAUCGGUCCGAUGGGGAAACAGGCCUCGACGGGUCAGAGAAUGGACACGCGAGCCGGAGGGAUAUUGGCGAUAUUUUACAACAAAUUAUGACCAUAACUGACCAAAGUCUGGACGAAGCCCAAGCAAAAAAACAUGCUUUGAAUUGUCAUCGAAUGAAACCUGCAUUGUUCAGUGUAUUAUGUGAGAUUAAAGAAAAAACUGGUCUGUCUAUGCGCAAUGCCCAGGAGGAGGAGCCUCCAGACCCUCAGCUGGUGCGAUUGGACAACAUGCUGCUGGCGGAGGGCGUGGCCGGGCCUGAGAAAGGGGGCGGGGCAGCGGCGGCCGUGUCCGCAGCGACCAGUUCGGGAGGCAUGUCGCCAGACAGCUCGCUAGAACACUCUGACUACAAGAGCAAGCUGAGCCAGAUUCGCAAUAUAUACCACACUGAGCUGGAGAAAUAUGAGCAGGCAUGUAAUGAGUUCACAACCCACGUCAUGAACCUGUUGCGGGAGCAGUCUCGCACGCGGCCCGUGUCUCCCCGCGAAAUCGAGCGCAUGGUGGCCAUCAUCCACCGCAAGUUCAGCGCCAUCCAGACGCAGCUCAAGCAGAGCACCUGCGAGGCCGUCAUGAUCCUGCGCUCACGCUUCCUCGACGCCAGGCGCAAGAGGCGUAACUUCAGCAAACAAGCCACAGAGGUCCUGAAUGAGUACUUCUACUCGCACCUGUCCAACCCCUACCCCAGCGAGGAGGCCAAGGAGGAGCUGGCCAAGAGUUGUGGAAUCACCAUGUCCCAGGUGUCCAACUGGUUCGGCAACAAGCGCAUCCGUUACAAGAAGAACAUCAGCAAGUUCCAGGAAGAGGCCAACAUCUACGCCAUGAAGACCGCCAUUGGAGCCACACAGCAGGGGGAGGAGUCGCCACACACCCCCAACUCCCCCGGCUCAGGCUCCUUCUCCCUGGCGGGGUCGGCUGACCUCUUCCUGGGAGUUCCUCCGCUGAAUGGAGGCGAGCAGCCGGCCUACCACAUGGGAGCUCAGACUAACGGCACCUGGCAGGAUGCACACUCUCCGCAGUCGGCCAGCCCGCCCCUCAGUGACCACUCGGACUCUGAGUGAUGGAGCCAACGCUCUGCACAACACACCGCCCGACUGUAGCGGAGAUGCUGCAUACGCCAAGAUACUGUACCUCCUCCUGGUAGCUCACCUCCAUGGGCUGGGAUGCCAUAGGUGGGAGAUUGACAAGUGGGAAUGGAUGGACCUUUUUCACAUGAUGUCAGACACCAUCGAUUCAAUGCAUUUGAAGCAGGGCAAGUAGCAUUCAGUGGCGGACAUAAACUUAGACCCCACUGUUUUCUGUCGUUUUUCCUGCUUCGCUUAGCAACAGUUGUUUGACAUAAUCGUGAAAAAGGCUAAUUGACGUUUCUACACCUCGUAGUCUCCCUGUUGAGGAGAUGGACAGCCCGGCUUGAGGAAGUCAAGAGUCCUGCCAAGUAUUCCUCGUACCAAGUGCUUCUUAUAGAUGGGUUCUAAAUGUUUGUUUUCCCCUGGCUGCGCAAUCCUGACUGCGCACUACUCAACCUCUGACUGUUGGAAACCGCUGUCGGUCAAAAAAUUAGCUCACUGGUUGACUGCCAGUGUCUUGUCCCUCCUCACAACAUUGUAUUUAUAAACAACAACAAAAACAUAUAUACAGGUGAAUGUGUUCAUUAGGUCUGGCUGAAGACUUGUGCCAGUUAAGAACAGCUAGCUUGGUGAGUUAAUUAGUUCACUCACCUGGCUAACACAGGUGUGGUAAUUAGGAUCAGCUGGUUCAUUGUUUUGUUUUGACCUGAACGAAUUUGUGACAGGACUUUUACUUUCUGAGCCUGGGAUAUUUGCUUUGGGUGGCUGGUCCUUGCACACAUAUGGGCCAUCCGACUCAAAAGCGAGGGAUUUGUGCUGCCCCUUCUCCCCCUCAUACUCUUGUUGUCCAGGGGCGGGCAAACUGGAUUAAGACAGUAUAAGUCGUUCCAGAUAUUCCCUCUGCCUGUGCUCCUGACACGUGAUGUUACUAGUUAACUCAUCAUCAACCUUGCUGAAUGGGUAUGGUAAUUAGGAUCACCUAGUUCAUUGACUUGGCUAUUUGACAAGGUUUUUUACUUUCUCAACCCGGGAUGUCCACCCCUCCCCAGCCGUUGAUAUGAUGGUUCCAGAAAGUGGCUUGUCUAUGACUAUGAUCAUGGCAUAUCUAGCAUCUCUGGCUACAGCCCUGUCCAGCCUUGCAGCGGAAACAUUAGACACUAACGCACACCUGACUGGCAAUGCCAAUGAAUGAUGGUCCCUCUAGCCGUCAUCACUCUGGCUCACAGCCACACUACACCCCUCCACCUACUGUACCCUACCCCUCACAUCAUGUCACACUGCAGUUUUGAACUUCAUUCACAUAAUCGUAUAUUGUUUUUGUUCACUACAUUUUGUUUGCGAGUGUGUGAAAGCAAGAGAGAGUGUGUGAGAGAGAUAUUAAAAGGGAACUGAAGAUGAAAAGAAAAGAGUAUCAUGGAAUAUUUUUUUCCUCUCCACUAUAACACUUGCUCCACUUAUUAUUGUGUCGUCGCUGGGCGCUUGUAAGAAUUGGAGAUUAAAAAAAACCCUGCAUCACGGCUUUAUUUUCAAGAAUGCUAUAUUAUUAUUAUUAUUACUAUGGUUAUCAUGGCUUUUAUAAUCUUAUGGAUUUGUGUUUUGUUUCUUCAAAGCUCUGACGGAAGUGAGUUGCCUUGGGUGAAGGGGUGGGCAAUGGAGAUUAAGCCAAAGAUUGUGUUUUCGUGUGUGUGUGUCUGUGUGUGUGGACAUGUUUUGUUUAAUUGUAUUUUUUCUUUGUUUUUUACUGGGACUUAUGAGUGUAUCUAUUAUAUGAAUGACGUGUGUUUGCUGUCUCUAUAAACAUAUGGUUUGAAUGAGUACAUCAACAGUACUGUCUUUUUUUCUGUACAGUGAAACACCUGUAUUCUCUACCUCUUUUGCAAAUAAAAGACUGUCUGUGUACACAUUCAGAAAGCCUG